GAGAAUGAUUAGCUAAGUGUGAAAAUGCAUUAUGGUUUGGUAUUUACAGGACCUCCAGAGACUGUCACCAGUCAAGUACCUCCCACCACAACCCUGUUUACAACCACUGCUGAGCCAGAGCCCACCACUACAGUGGCCCAACCGAAAACAACCAGACCCUCGCUGCAACCCACCAGGCCCUGGGUGCCUCCGGUCCACCCCACUAGGAGGUCCCAUAGACCCCAGCCCACAGCACGCUCGGAUCAGGAUGCACCUGACAUCUGCGAGGGGAACUUUGACACAGUGACCGUACUGAGAGGGGAGAUGUUUGUGUUCAAGGGUCGUUGGUUCUGGAGGGUUAGGAGGAACCGGGUUCUGGAUAAUAACCCAAUGCCGAUCUCCUUCUUCUGGAUGGGGCUUCCAGAGGACAUAGACGCUGCCUAUGAACGGCAUGAUGGGAAAUUUGUGUUCUUUAAAGGUCUGAGUCAUGAAAUGUUUAAUCACUAAAUCGAAGUGAGGUUAAUUGUUAAAGCAAGAAAAAA